UACGUGACGGACGUAAACAAAUUCGCUUUUACUGUGCCUACUGUAAAUUCACACGGUGUCCUUGAAUUUAGUUAUUUGGCAAAAAAAAAAUGUUACGCAGGAAAAUAUAUUGUUGGAAGUAACAUUAAUCACUAAUUGCUUUUACACAAGUGGUUAAAGAGUGGCGCGCUAAAGGGUAGUGGUUGUUCCUCGCGCAUCUUACAUAUUUUAAGAUGACAGCCUUAUCUAGGUUACAGUCGUUGAAUAUGAAUUGGGUUGGGGGUUCAAGGAAUCGGUUAGUGAUGAAGAAUGACGCAAGAAAGCAGAGGGAGUUCUUUGAAAAGAGAAAAGUACAACAGAAAUUGAAAAACUUGGGAAUAGCUCAGCCAGCAUACACAGGAGGCACUGGUUCUCGUAGUAUGGACCUGGUGACGUUGUUUAUUGUCAACCAGAUUUCUGCCAAAAAAGAAAAUAAAGUAACAGUUCUCAGCAGUGGUAAGGCAGAAUCCAUUAAGCAAAAUAAGCCCCUGGAACUCCCAAUGAGCCCCUAUUCUCCUACACAGCUGAGUCUUGUUGAGAGCCAGCCGCAGUACAGGUACAGUGUUCCAGGAACGAGAAAGAGAAGGCAAGUUAUUUCACAAGGGUUCAAGUGUCGGCAGUUGUCACCAGUGCUGGAGUCGACUUUCUCAGAUAACAGUGCGUCUGACUACCUGUCGCCCAUACACAACACACACAGCCCCUUCUCCUCGACUUUAUCAGCCUCUUCAGUCCAAGGAAUAUUCCCCCCGAAGCUGAAACAUCAGCAGAGAAGUCAGACGCAGACACAGCUACCUCCUCACUGCUCCCCUCCACCCUGGAACACCUCAGCGCUGGAGCAGAUCAAGUUUCAGCCUUUCUCCCAGCCCAGAGGUAUGACAGACUGUUUGCCCUGGACCUGUGCAUCAAACCCAUCCCUUUACAAACUGGAGACGCCCACAGCGGCCAAAAUCCUGUUCGGAAGUCCAGAACCAGAUAAAACAGAGGUAAGAGACUGUGCAAGACAUGAGGUCAGCUACUCUAUUAACCAACCAGAGGACAAGGAGCCCCUGUUGGACUUCACGCUUAACCAGUCAGAAACUGAGCAGCAGUUUGAGGAGGACGUCUUUAGGGGCUUCAGUAAUGAGGAAUAUGAAAGAGAAGGUGAAUACUGCUUGAAACCUUUAAACAAUCACAAUGAGUAUUUUGUCCUCAUGUUAACAUUAAAUUUAAUUUUAGCUUCUCACAUGAGUGCAAAAUCAGAGAUAUAUCUAAAAGAUGGACCACCAGUCAAAUCUUCAACACCACAAACUGUCGUUGACUCACAAUGCAUGGGAAUGAAGCUCUCCAACUGCAAUGACAUAAACUUUUCAUGCCCUGGACACAACACUGGCCCCAUGAAUGGCUGUGGAUAUUUGCCAAGUUACUCGUGUAGAGGAGGUUACCUCAGUUCAGACUCAAAUGAUGAUGAAGAAUACUGCCAGCCAUGUCUCCAGUCUUCUGCUUCUUCAUAUAUGGAACAAGGUUGUUGUGCAGAUACCCCAAACCAGGGCUCACAUCAGAAACCAAAACAAAGACACUCCCAGCCCAGGCCUCUCACCCCACCCAUAAAACCCAAAAUUAACUUAAGGGUCGAUCAGGAAGUUAUGGAGAAUGUUGCUUGCUGGGAUAAAGCCUUAGGAAGUAAUGGCCAACAGAGAGGAAGCAGCACAGUACAGUUUGCAUCUCCUCACCCUCUGGCUCAAUCUCAAAGCUCAGAGCUUUGCAAAUGCAAAAAUACAUCUAGUGAAACUCGAGAUGAAGGAACUCAAACUGUCGACAUCCCGUCAGUUGAGACAUGUCAUGCCUGGACUCAGUGCAGCUGUAUUGCAGACAGUGCGUCCAAUGCCCCUGGGUUUAACUUGUACCUACCACCUGUUGACAUGUCAGUACAACAUCCAGCCACAGGGAGGCAGACAGAUACUGCUGCAGAGCCAAACACACGCACAUCUUCACCAGGCAACUCAAGGAGUGUAGGGAAGCACACGCCCUGGAACAAGCAGAAAUCCAAGGCUGGUUCCCUGACAGGCAGCAGCAUUAUAAAGAAAUUCACUGCUAACAGCAGUGAUGGCAAAAUAGUCCUACAAAGACCCAUAAACUGCUUUCUAGAUGCUCUGAGCAUGACUGAUGGCAGAGGGAGGGAGAAUGAAGAAGGCAGAGAUGAGAUAGAGCAACACGACAAUGGCCCUCUGAUGAAAGACCUCUCAGAUAAUGUAAGGCAGGAGGUGACAUCUGCAACCAGAAUUAACAGAUCCUCAGAAGAGGCUGAAACACUGAAGGAAAUAGCUGACAUAUUGCUCCUGCUCAAGCAGAGGAAGAGGAGGGAUGAUAAGGAUGGACAGAAGGAAGGUAGAUAGAUGGAGGCAGCAGGAAAUAAAAAACAUGCCUGUUCUGUGCGUGUUUUUUAAAUUAGAAUCUAUGAUAGAGACAGUGAAAUAAAACCCCAAAGCAUUACUCUGAUUCAUAAGUUUAUUUCUUUCCCCAUAUACAUAUUCAAGUGUUUAGAUUUCAUUAAGAUAUUUAAUUUUAUAUUUUAGAAUAUAAACUCUAGCAAAACAUUUACAGCUUGAACAAUAGUCAAAUAAACUUAGAAACAUAGAAAAAAAUUGCAACCAUUGCACAAUGAGUACACAUUAAAUGUCCCCACUGUGGUAGAGAACAGUGUUAAUACAACUGGAUGUUAGGGCUGGAUGCCUCACUGAUGAGGUGCAGCCUGAAACAAUCACAUUAAAUAUUUGGUUGACACAAGUUUUCAUCACACAAUCUGUGUUAUGGAUGGCUUAAUCUGUGUGUAUUUAAUCUGUAAUAAUACUCUUGGUACAAAACUAGCUUGUGUGGUUUUAAGACAAUACCGUAACAUUUUGUAUCAUGGUUGGUUAUUUUUCUUCACUUUUAAGCCCAUAGGAACUAGUCUCCAUUAGUUGAAAAGGUUAACGAGCCAAUUUUAGGAAGGACUGAUGCAAAGUUUUGACCCACAAAGUAGAAAAACUGGUCUGAAUCAAUCACCUUUGUCUGAUAACUGGAAAAAACAGGAUAUGCAGGAUGUUUCUCAUUAGUUAUUAAAAGAAACUAUUUAAGAUGUUGGGUUCCUUUACCCACUUGGCCUAAAGGACCAUACACCAGAUAUUUUGCAUGUUUUAGCCCCAUAACUACAAAUCAAAGGUACUUUACACUAUUACUGAUCAUCUUCAAAAGCAUGUGCCAGAUUUUUAAGUUGACCUUUUAUAGUUUUUUGCUGAGGUUGUAUUGUUUAAAUGUUCACUACGAUUUUAUACAUAUUUCAAGCAAGUUUAAAGUCUCUGCAAGUUGAUUUUCAUUGUUUAUUGAAAUGAAUGAAACACACCAAAGGCUUGUAAGGUAGGCAAUCAGUCAAAAACGUAUGGCAUGCUUUGGAAACUGAUUAGCAGAUAUAAACUAUGAUGAUUUGUAAAUAAAAUACUGAAUAUGGUCCUGUAAAAUAGUUUUUGGGAAAUCGCUGUUUAUGUUUUAUAAGUUUGUAUGAAGGACAGUAAUAGGGUUUCCAUGUGUAGCUGAUAGUAUGCUAUGUUAUUACUGUCUUGCCAUUUAUUAGAGGAAUAUGGUACUAGUUUCUUUUAUACUGAUCCACCAUUCCCAUAGGCAUCCAUAUGUGAAUGUGACACCUUGAAGAUACUAUUCAAUUUUGAUGGGUCACUUAAAAUGUCACUACAUUGUGCAAAAUUAUGGACUGUCCUUGAUCUGCCAUGACAACCCUGUUCAUUGAACAUAGUAACGGCACAGUCUGUUAGCUUUAUUUACCGUUGUGUUUUGUCACAUUAAGUUACUCCACUGUUAACUUUCAAACUGUUUUUGAUACGCUGAAACCUAUGUGUGUAUUUGACUAACAAGCUGUAACCUAAAACAGUUUUACUUUACAAAACAACACUGGCACAUUACACUGAAUCCUACUCCUUGAUUUUUGACACUAGAACCACAUAAAUGAUAUGCUCUGCUAUUUGUACAUAGGGCUAUGGAGGAAGAUAAAAAUCUAAAUACAUAAAAUUAUAGUAAAAAAAUAAUAUUCCAUCACAGGUG